AGCCCCGCCCACCGGCAGGAAGGGCUCAUGGCCCACGAGCACGCGCCCCGUGCACCCCGCAGGGGAUCACUGGACCACCUGGGCACGUGGGCCAGGUGAGGACCAACGAGGAAGAGACUUCGAUGACCACACAGGUUUCUUCCAGUUAAAAUACUGAUUUCCCAACACAAAGAAUCUGCAGAAGAAUCAUCAGGUGAUGAUGAGGGAGAUGGAGCUGAUUCCAGCAUCGGGUAGGGAGCCGAGACCCUCUGGCCCCUCCCUCUCUCCCCCCCCACAUGGACCGGAACCACGCAGCGCCACGUGACCCCGCAGCUCUGGACUGAACACACACACACACACUCCGCAUCAUGGCUGCGGAGGAUGCGGCCGCCCGGUCCCGUGCCGGAGCUCCGCUGGCUCCCUCCCGCCUGCUGCUGCUCUCGGUGUCCGCCCUCUCGCUGCUGCUGCCCGCCCCGGCGCGCGGCUUGCUCGGCUUUCGCCCGGAGGAGACCGGCGCGGAGCUGUCCGUGGCGGACGGGGUGCUGAAAGCCACCGAGGGGACCCGCUUCAUUCUGCGGGUUUAUUACUCCACCUCCCCGCAGAGGCUCAACCGCACCGCGGCGACCCGCGCCAACAACGCCGCGCCCUGGAUCGCCUUCAUCGAAGAGCCGAGCCCCGGGCGGGAGGGACAAGUUCACCCGAAGCGGAACAUGUGCAUGGACAAGAACGCCAGGACGUCCGACAUCGAGGUCCUGGGUUCCUUCAAGUCCGCGUCCAGUCAGAACUCGGUGCUGGUGGAGCUGCUGGCCAAGGACCUGCGCAGGGGGGAGAAGAUCAAGUACUACUCCAUGUGCGCUUUUGACGGAUCCAAAUGGGAACACUACCGGACGAGGGACUUCUGGGUGGCCGUGGAGGAGCGCUCGGCUCCCCCGGAGCUCUGGCUGCAGGUGCUGGUCUCCGUCCUGCUGCUCGGGCUCUCCGCGCUCUUCAGCGGGCUGAACCUGAGCCUGCUGGCGCUGGACCCGGUGGAGCUGCAGGUCCUCCAGAACAGCGGCACCGUCAAGGAGCAGAACUACGCGCGGAAAAUCGAGUCGGUGCGUCGGCACGGCAACUACGUCCUGUGCACCCUGCUGCUGGGGACCGCCAUCAUCAACGCCUCGCUCGCCGUGUGGACGUGCCAGAUCCUGGGCAUGACCUGGGUCUCCACGGUCAUCUGCGCCUUCGCCAUCUUCUUCAUCGGGGAGAUCCUUCCGCACUCGGUGGCGUCCCGCCACGGCCUGGCCAUCGCCUCCAAAACCAUCUGGGUGACGCGGCUGCUGAUGGUGCUCUCCUUCCCCAUCUCCUACCCCAUCAGCAAGCUGCUGGACCUCAUCCUCAACCAGGAGAUCUCCAACUUCUACACCCGGGAGAAGCUCCUGGAGAUGCUGCGCGUCUCCGACCCGUACCACGACCUGGUCAAAGAGGAGCUCAACAUCAUCCAGGGAGCGCUGGAGCUGCGCAGCAAGACCGUGGAGGACGUGCUGACGCCGCUCACCGACUGCUUCAUGCUGGCCUCGGACGCGGUCCUGGACUUCAACACCAUGUCGGACAUGAUGCAGAGCGGCUACACCAGGAUCCCGGUGUUUGAGAACGAGCGGUCCAACAUCGUGGACAUCCUGUUCGUCAAGGACCUGGCGUUCGUGGACCCGGACGACUGCAGCCCGCUGAAGACCAUCACCCAGUUCUACAGGCACCCGCUGCACUUCGUCUUCAACGACACCAAGCUGGACGCCAUGCUGGAGGAGUUCAAGAAAGGUAAAUCCCACCUGGCCAUCGUGCAGCGCGUGAACAACGAGGGCGAGGGCGACCCCUUCUACGAGGUGAUGGGCAUCGUCACCCUGGAGGACGUCAUCGAGGAGAUCAUCAAGUCGGAGAUCCUGGACGAGACCGACCUCUACACCGACAACCGCACAAAGCGCCGCGUCUCCCACCACGAGAGGAAGCAGCAGGACUUCUCCAUCUUCAAACUGUCGGAGGACGAGAUGAGGGUGAACAUCUCCCCUCAGCUGCUCCUGGCGACGCACCGCUUCCUGUCCACGGAGGUGGAGCCCUUCAAGCCAGCUCACAUCUCCGAGAAGAUCUUGUUGAGGCUCAUCAAACACCCGAGCGUGGUUCAGGACCUCACGUUCGACGAGAAGAACAAGCGAGCGCCGCAGCACUUCCUGUUCCAGCACAACAAGCCGGUGGACUACUUCAUCCUGGUCCUGCAGGGUCGGGUGGAGGUGGAGUUCGGGAAGGAGGCGCUGAAGUUUGAGAACGGAGCUUUUUCUUACUACGGGGUUCCCUCCAUCAUGCCAGCAGUCCACAGGUCGCCGUCCCGCUGCAGCGGUCUGGACCGCUCUGAGGCGGCGCUGUGCGGGGGCAGCGGGGCCCAGCUGAACGGAGGGGGGGGCGUCUACCUGCCGGACUACUCCGUCAGACAGCUCACGCACCUGCAGGUCAUCAAGAUCACGCGGGGCCACUACCAGAACGCGGUGACGGCCUCCCGGAUGGACAGCUCCCCGCAGACGCCCGACGCCGACGCCUGUCUGGCAGGGGGCGCCCCCCCCGCCCCCGCGCCAACGACCCCCGACCAGACCCCCACCACCCACACCCUCAUGCCCCCACCCAGAGAGACCCGCACCCGAGGCCAGCAGUCCAGCGUCCCCCACAGCACCUCGCUGCUGAACGAGAGGAACCGGAUAGUCCGCAGCAAGUCUGAUGGACAGAAGAGUCCCAGCGACUCGGUGUUCCUCAGGAUGGACGAGAUCCCGUACAUCAGGGAGGACCGAGCAGCGAGCGACGCCCACACCGACUCGGCCUCCGUUCCCAUAGAAACGGACUCGUCUCCUUUCAUCAGCAGCUUGUCUCUGAGCGGCUCGGAGGAAACGCUGGGGAGGAAACUCCUGCUCAAACUGAGCCACAAGAAGAGGAGAAGGUCCCGCGAGGGAGAGAAGACGCCCGAGGACAUCUCCUAGCAGCUGCUUCUUUGAGGCCUUCGUAAGGACCCACAGACAUCAGAGUUUUAUCUGAACCCCCCCCCCCCCCCUCAGUGCUGGAGGUCCAUCACCAGGAACGCAACGAUCUAGAAGAUAUAUUUAAAGACAUCGUCGGGUCCCAGCUUUCAUCCUCACAGGCUUCUAUGAAACACAAUGAUUUCUAUGUAGAUAGUUUUAUACCCUGAUCAUGUGAUCACUGCUCCAAUGGAUGAAUGGAUGAACGAUGGAAGACACCAGAGAUGUAUUUGUACACAUUGCUCCAGAUGUGCACAAAGCGGCUUCCAGUUCAGGCUUUUAUUUUGAAAAGAUUUAUGUUGUUACAGGGGAAGACACCCCCCCCCCCCCCACAUGUACUAUGUACUUUGAAUGUCCUUUUCAAACAGGAUGAAAUCAUCAUUCGUCCUUUGAUGUGCUUUUCCUUCUCCGACAUGAGGUCACAUGGUCCACCAGAAGGGGCGGGGCUUUGCAUUAAACAAAACUACUGAUCUUUCUUCUAUUUCUAUUUUCAGAUCUUCUGGAUGUUCUCUCCUCUUUCUGCUGGUCUCACAAACCAAAGUCUCCCUGCAACGAUAUUUUAAACAUUAGUGUAUCUUUACAUCUAUUUGUAUUAAAAUGUUCACAGCUUAAAGCCCCUUGUUAUUAAUUAACCCUGUAUAUAUAUUUUUAUAUAUAUAUAUAAAUAAAUCAUAUAGAGUUGUAUGUGAUAUAUAGAAAUACACACACCUCGCCUCUUUAAAAAAGCCAUCAGUGAACCUUCAGCUUCUCCUUCUGGUGCUGGAGGGCAAAUGAAAGUCUGAUUUCAUCCGUUCACCAUUUGAACUUCAGUUAUUUUUCUCAACAAAAAAAGUGAUUUCUGAAGCAGAGGAUCUCCCUUUGGCUGCAUGGGUUGAAUGUGAACUUGAGGGUUAUUUAUCGGGGGGACGUCCUGAAUGCAGAAGAAGCUUCUCCUGCAUGCUUCAGAGAAGCUUUAACUUGUGACGCGUUUCUCCACAAACCUUCAACUCCUCUCGGACGUCUGCUGAGGGAGUUUUAAAAAACGCUGAAUGCAACUUUUAGGGAUUUUCUUGUUUUGUUCCCACUGAGGAGCACAGCUGUAAAUAAAAGGGCUGGAUUCCAACAUGCGUGCGUCUCGUUGCUGUCACACCCUCACCAUGAUGAGCUACCAAAUAUGCACUGAGCAGAUAUAGAAGAUCCACUUUGAGGAGACACUGCAGGGAAAAACACUCAAUGAGGUGAUUUCAAGCUGUUUGAAUAUGAAAAUGAGAGAAUAUUGAAGAGUAACUCGAUGGGACGGAGUUCUGACUUGUGGCACUGCAGCACAGAGGAGGAGGAGCAGGAGGAAGAGGAGGAGCAGGAGGUGGAGGAGGAGCAGGAGGUGGAGGACAGGCGGAGACGAUGGGAGCAAAGAAGUCUGAAGAUAUUUAGUCUCAUUUUACACAUUAAACUGUUGGGGGACACUGUGUGUUUCA